AUGGCGCCGGCAUUCAAGCAGCGCCUCAACAGCCAGGUUUGCCCUACGGUGGACCUGGACGAGGGCUGCGAACAGCCCCUCGCGGUGCAACAGGUGCCGCGACCUGCACCCGGCAUCGCAGAUGCCGAGUCCACUGCAGCGCCGCUGGCCAAACCUCAGGAUGCACGGGAGUCGGCCUUGCAGCUGCUCAAGCGAGCCGCCAGCGAGGCCCUAGCAGCGCCAGGUUUGCCAAAGAAGGGGGAGGAGGAGGCCACAGCCAUCGCUAAAGCCAUUGAGGGCGCCCUCUUCGGUGUCGCCUUGGCCGGCGGCCAGAAGCGCCGCUACCUGGCCGAGGUGCGGCGGCUCGGCGCAGCCUUGCGCGAGGGCUGCCUGUCGGACUCCCUGCAGGAGCGCGGUUACAGGGGCUUGCAGACGUGGCCGAAGGUGGCGUGCAAGCAGCACGAGCGCUUGUGCUGUUGCCGCCUGAGGACUUGCUCCCAGCCGCCAAGCGAGCGCGGCUGUCGCAACUGA